UGUAAAGUCAAAAACACCCUCGCCCAAAUCUCUGAAUAAACUCCUAUCAAAGUCUCCUCCCUCCGCUUCUCCAAAGUUAAUAAUGUGAAAGGCAGAAGUUUAAAACACACGCAAAUUACAGAGACACACACACACUAUUGUCAAACUUAAUAAAAAUCCUACACCCCUUGCAGCAAAACUCACCAAAUAGCACACCAUGAUGCAACAAUAUUUUUUCUCUCUUCCAAACAUUUCAAACUCUUAAUUUAGCACUAGCUAGUUUUAUUUUAGAUAGAGAAGAAUUAAUUAGGAAAAUAGAGAAUAAAUAUAUAUAAGAUGAGUGGUGGUAUUGUGGAGAGGGCUCUGGCCAGCCUCGGCAAAGGCUUCGAUUUAUCGUCCGAUUUCCGGCUGAAAUAUUGCAAAGGAGAGAAAAGGCUAAUCCUCCUCAACGAAACAGACACGAGAGAGCUUUGGAUUCCCGGAAUUGGCUCUUUCCAGAAUGUCUCGAUCGACAUCAAAUGCGAUAAAGGGGAUCGUACGAGGUACCAAUCGGACAUCCUCGACUUUAAUCAGAUGUCGGAACUUUUCAACAGGAGAAGCUCGUUGCCCGGGAAGAUUCCGUCGGGUCUGUUCAACUCUAUGUUCGGUUUUGAAAGCGGGUCGUGGGCCGUGGAUGCAGCUAAUACCAAAUACCUGGGUUUAGAUGGAUAUUUUAUCAUACUUCACACUAUUCAUAUUGAUAGAUAUCCCCUUAUUCUUGAUGAUCAAGUCAGAAAUGAGGUUCCUUCUACUUGGGAUCCUUCUGCUCUAGCCAGAUUUAUUGAAAAAUAUGGGACACACAUAAUUGUGGGGCUAAGCUUAGGUGGAGAAGAUACAGUGUUAGUAAAGCAAGACAAGUCCUCAAACGUGGAGCCAUCACAACUAAAGAACCAUUUGGACAAUCUUGGUGAUCAAUUGUUUACUGGGACUUGCACUUUUUCUCCAUAUCAACGCAGAAAUUCCAAACACCAAAAGCAAAAGGCUCCGCAGGCUUUCAAUGUCUUUGAUCCGCAGUCAAAUCUUGUGAGCAACUACGCCUCAAUCACUGCAAAAGAUGGUAUUAGUGUGAUUUGUUCAAGAAGAGGCGGGGACUUGACGGCUAAAACGCACUGCGAGUGGCUGUUAACAGUCCCAAGUAUGCCAGACGCUAUACUUUUCAACUUUAUCCCCAUAACUUGUCUACUGAGGGGUGUUCCUGGAAAAGGAUUUUUGUCUCAUGCAAUCAACCUCUACCUUAGAUAUAAGCCUCCAAUAAGUGAUUUGCGGUACUUCUUGGAUUUUCAAUCCCAUAAGAUUUGGGCCCCCAUUCACAACGACCUCCCGUUGGGCCCAACUAGAAAUAAUAAGACAUUGCAAACACCAGCAUUGCAGUUCAACUUGAUGGCCCCAACGCUAUAUGUGAACACAACUCAAGUAACGUCGGAAAAUAGUCCGGUGACGGGAGUGCGAUUGUACCUGGAGGGCAUCAAAGGGAAUAGGUUAGCCAUUCACCUUCAGCACCUGGUAACCCCUCCCGUUCUCCUCCAGCGCCGACACUCACAGAUAUGGUGGCGGAGCUCCCAACACACAACCGACAGCCAGCGCUACUUUGAAGCCGUCCAGUGGAAGAAAUUCUCCCACAUCUGCACAGCCCCAGUCAAAUACGACCCCAAUUGGAUUAAAUUCCAACAGCCAUCGGCUUUCAUAGUCACCGGAGCACAGCUCCACGUGGACAAACACGACGCCACAACAGUGCUCCAUCUCCGCCUCUUGUUUUCCCAGCUCUUCGGUUGCUACGUGGUGCAGUCCAGCUGGAUGGACCGUACGUCCGACCGACAUUCCAUCAGAUCUGGCUUUUUCUCUUCCAUUAGCGCCUCCUCAAUUCGCGAUCGGGAACCCGAGCAGGUGAUUGUCGACUCCGGGGUUUAUCCGACGGGCCCACCGGCUGCUCAACCGCAGAAGAAGAUGUUGAGAUUUGUGGACACGUCCGAGAUCUGCCGCGGGCCGUCGGAUAACCCGGGACAUUGGCUGGUCACGGGGGCCAAGCUGGAUUUGGACAAGGGGAAAAUAUGCCUCAGGGUCAAAUUCUCGCUCUUGAACUUCGCUUCUUGACAAACAACAAAACUAAUGCCAGCCGAAAUUCUACAGUCCCUCACGGAAUGAGAAAUGCUAUAAGUAUGCAUAGAUGUGUACAUAACACUCACAUUAAAUGGGUCUAACAAAAAUAAAAAAUUAAGUGGACCCCACUUCAUGUGAGUGUUAUGUAAACCUCUAUGUAUAUUUAUUAUGUGGUUGUAGCAUUUUUCUUACGGAAUAUGAGAAAUGUUAUGGUCCCGUUACGAAACCAUACCGGGUAUUUUAACCGUUGUAUCUUCUAUCUUAUACUAACUACAUGUGUAUCCAACGGUUUAAAACUCCUGACGGGAUGGUUCCAUUAGGGACCCUAGCAUUUCCCAUAAUUUUGAACUGCAAUUUGAUUGUAUAUUUGUAAACAGUAUACCCUUUUUUUAUUUUUUUGUAAAGAAAGGUUACACAGCCAUAUUCUUUAUUUGAUUUUUUGUAA